AUGUCUGCUGUGCGCUCAACCAAGCUAUGGGUUAGAACGGGUGAUGCUCGAGAGAUCGGUGUCGAAUGCAAAUGGGUCAUGUCUGAAAAAUUUACCGACGAAGCUGGGGGAAUCACGCCCGUGCAAACCAUCGACGUCGCUUUCUUGGCAAGAGAUGAUAUCCCUCGUCCUUUUGGGGCCCAUAUAUCAAAGCCAUGUGUAUAUAUAAUCCAAACGGAGCAAGGCGGGACCCAGCAGCUCACAGCUGAGGUUCUUGGACGAGAAAGCGCUUUCAAGUUUCUCAACGAAUGUCUCCAGCCCGUAGUAGGGACUUCACAUCCAGGAACCGCUGUGGCCAGAUUCGUUGUUCCGUUGCAAAGCGGCACAAUCAUCAGGUCUGAUAUUGUGCCGUUCCGUCUCGGGGACACAUUCUGGGUAGAUAAAGCGGAGUCGUUCGCGUCUCCGCUGCAAGUCUACCCAGGCUCGCCCCUUUCACUCGAAACCAUCUCGCUCACGGACAUAUUUCGUGCUUCGGCUGGGGCUGCCCUGUUGAACGCAGCCGCGUUGCACUCCUAUUUGAAACCUGGCACAGGGCCCUCUAUCCAAAUACCCUCUGAAAUAGAGGUAGAUUUUAAAAACAAGCUUUCUAUGCUUUGGAUCUCGGUGGAACCCAUACCUCGCAAGCGCCUCAUCCUCGUAGGCAGCAGCAACCAGGACCCCGAGGGAGGCGGCUGGACACAGUUUGCACGUCGUGCUGCUGUGGCACUUGGUAUUGAUCUCGUUUUCAUUGACCGAGCGGACGGGUGGCUUGCACGAGGUAAUUACACAUCGUGGUACGAAGCUCUUCUUCCGGCUCCGGCAUCUUGGUGGGCAGCGCCAUCUGCCGAUGUACUUGUGAGGAUCGUCGAGGACUACAAGGCCCAGAAUGAGGAUGCAAAAAUAGACGGUAUUGCCACAUCCGUCGAAGCGCUGCAGCUGCCUGUGAGUAUUGCUGCCUCACGACUCGGACUUCCGCAUGAGAAACCCUCUGCAUUCGAGAGGGCUACGAACAAGUACAAGCUGGGCUUGUUUCAAAAUAGACCCGCUUUCCUCGUGUCAAGUGCGGAGGAUGUGCUAGCCCUCGUCAGAUGUCCGCAGAAUCAGCUCGCAUUUCCGCUCAUCGUCAAGCCAUCUUUCGGGCUCAACUCCGAAGGUGUCACGCGAGUAGACAAUACAUCUGAGCUUGAGGAAGCCAUAGAAGUGGCAAGAGCAACUGGUCGAAGUAAGGAUGAUGUAGGGGAUAGAGUCCUGGUUGAAAGGUACUGCGAGGGUCCGGAGGUGGACGUAAACAUGGUACUUGUCGAUAGUGAAGUCAUUUUUAGCGAGAUCUGUGACGACUUCCCCAAAGGUGCUGAUUUGGACGACGAUGAAGGAAACACAACUAUUGGAAGAGCAACAAGUCCUGUCCGCCGAAGAAAUUUUCAGGAGACUAAUAUGGUCUUUCCCUCAGCGCUGCCCAAUGACGAACUCGCAGCCCUGCGAAACGCCGUCAAAGAUACAAUUCAGGGACUCGGGUUCAGGAACGGCGUCAUGCAUGUCGAGGCACGCAUUGCUCACUCUAAGUGCAGCUACCAGUCUGCUGGUGGUAUUGUAGACUUGAGACCUCGAAAGAGAAAUGGCCUAGCCAUCCGCGAGAUUGUGGAAGUGGAACAAGAUGUUGAUGUACCAACCCCUUGGAUCAUUGAGAUAAACCCACGCCCCCCUGGAUUAUUCGCUUCUCAGACACCUGGAUCAGUGUAUGGGAUCGAUUAUUGGGGAGUCACGCUUCUUCUGGGUACAGGGGAUAAGGCGCGAGCGUCUGUUCUCUCGCGUCCAUUCGCAACUGGUGCGCAAAAUCAUACUGUUCUUGUCAUGAUCCGGGCAGAGUUCGAUUCGGCUCGGGAGGGUAUAUUUGACUCUGAUGAUGUCUGUGUCGAUUUCCUAAAGCGUCAUCCGGAAUUGAGACAACAUAUUGGGCGCAAUGGAUGCUUGUUGAAAAGAGGCCAGAGAAUCCCACACCCAAGUGGCGGAAGAAACACUUUUGUGGCAUACAUGAACGUCUUUUCCAGAAAAUCAAGACAAGAAGCAUUGGAAAUUGCGAAGAUGGUUAGAGAUGGGAUUAGAUACGAAAUCCGAUGA